AUGGUGAAAUCGUACUUGAAAUUUGAGCACUCCGAGACGUUCGGGCUCAUCGCCUCGGCGUCGUCUAAUGCGAUCUGGGCCAAGGACGAGCAGACCCCCGGUGCUGCUCGCCAGACGGGCGCCGGUCGUGCCAUUGUGGGCGCAAGUGAAGAGGUCUUGUGCUGGGAUGUCAAGAAGGGUGAAUUGCUUGGCCGCUGGCGCGAUUCUGCCUGCAGGGCACAAGUGACGGUGGUCACGCAGAGCCAGACAGAUGAAGAUAUCUUCGCCGUCGGUUAUGAAGAUGGUAGUAUCCGUAUUUGGGACUCCAGAACCAGCACAAUCAUCAUUUCUUUCAACGGUCACAAAUCUGCAGUUACCCAAUUGGCUUUCGACAAUGCCGGUGUGCGCCUCGCCAGUGGCUCCAAGGAUACCGAUAUCAUUCUCUGGGACCUGAUUGCCGAAGUCGGAAUUUUCAGACUUCGCGGACAUACCGAUCAAAUUACCUCUCUGAACUUCCUUUUUCCCUCGACCGAACUCCUCAAUGCCUCCGGUCUCAGCGAACACGCCGGCUUCCUCUUGACUACCGGCAAAGACUCGCUGAUCAAGGUGUGGGAUCUGGCAUCGCAACAUUGUAUUGAGACGCACGUGGCACAAACAAAUGGCGAGUGCUGGAGUCUGGGUCUGUCGCCUGACCAGGGUGGUUGCAUUACGGCCGGCAAUGAUGGCGAGCUGAAGGUCUGGUCGAUUAACGAGAGCGUCAUGCUGGAGAUCUCGAGAGAGAAGGUUGCCGCAGAAGGCCAGAGGAUUCUCACGGACCGUGGUACCUUCUACAGAAAUGGCAAGGAUCGCACAACUGGCAUUCGCUUCCACCCUCGUGCGGACUACGUGGGUUUCCACGGUUCAGAGAGAUCGGUUGAGGUUUGGCGUAUUCGUUCGCAGACAGAAGUUCAGAAGGCCAUGGCUCGCAAGCUGAAGAGGAGAAAGGAGAAGGAGGCGAAGCGAGAGGGCAAGGAAGAUGGCGAAGAGGCCGAGAAGGAGAAGACCGAGGAUCCUUCAUCCGCCCCGGUUACUGAGGUUUUCAUUCCCCAUGUCAUUGUGCGAACCGGUGGAAAGGUUCGCUCUUUUGACUGGAUGGCUACCAAGUCCAGUGGUGGUCUCAGCCUUCUUGCCGCGACGACGAACAACCAGUUGGAGUCUUACAGCGUUGUCACGGCGAACAAGAAGAACAAGGAUGAGGAGGAUUCCGACUACACUAGGAGUCUCGCCGUUGACAUUCCCGGUCACCGCGCAGAUAUUCGGUCAAUUGCACUGAGUUCGGAGGAUCGAAUGCUUGCUUCUGCAUCAAAUGGAAGUCUCAAGAUUUGGAACGUUCGUACGGGCACCUGUCUGCGUACCCUCGAGUGCGGUUAUGCCCUCUGCUCUGCCUUCCUUCCCGGUGACAAGAUUGUGGUGGUUGGCAACAAGAACGGCGAGUUGGAAGUUUUUGACAUUGCGUCUUCGACCCUGCUCGACACAAUCAAGGCUCAUGAUGGUCCUGUUUGGUCUCUUCAUGUGCACCCUGAUGGCAAGUCUAUGGUGAGUGGAAGUGCGGACAAGACAGCCAAGUUCUGGGAGUUCAAGGUUGUUCAAGAGGAGAUUCCCGGUACCAAGCGCACGACACCCCGUCUCAAGUUGGUACACACAAGAAUGCUCAAGGUCAACGACGACAUCCUCAGUCUUCGAUUCUCUCCCGACGCACGUCUUUUGGCGGUGUCUUUGCUGGACAACACCGUCAAAGUCUUCUUCGUCGACUCAUUGAAACUCUUCCUCAACCUCUACGGUCACAAGCUUCCGGUCCUAAGCAUGGACAUAUCUUAUGACAGCAAAAUGAUUGUCACCUGCUCUGCCGAUAAGACCGUUCGUCUCUGGGGCCUAGACUUUGGUGACUGCCACAAGGCCUUCUUGGCCCACGAGGACAGUGUCAUGGCAGUAGCGUUCGUCCCCACCAACAGGGAACAGAACGGUCACAACUUCUUCAGUGCCAGCAAGGAUCGCGUGAUCAAGUACUGGGAUGGAGACAAGUUCGAGCAGAUCCAGAAACUCAGCGGCCAUCACGGAGAAAUCUGGGCCCUGGCAAUCAGCCACGAUGGCGAGUUCAUCGUCAGUGCUAGUCACGACAAGAGCAUCCGCGUGUGGAAGCAGACCGACGAGGAGCUGUUCCUCGAGGAAGAGCGUGAGAAGGAGAUGGAGGAGGCCUAUGACAGCACUCUUACUGCCUCUCUCGAGCGCGACGAAGAUAAUGAAGAUGGCGAGAAGGCAGAGGCUGUCGAUGCCGGCAAGCAGACUACCACCACCCUGAUGGCUGGUGAGAAGAUCAUGGAAGCGCUGGAUCUCGGCAUGGAAGACCUGGAGGUUAUGCGCGAAUGGCGAAAAGUGCAGGCCAGAAACGCCAAAGCAGGUGCUGCGCCUCCGGAUCGCAACCCUACGUAUAUCGCCCUGGGCAACAUCUCUGCUGAGCAGCACGUCCUGAGCACCGUGCAAAAGAUCCCCGCCGCUGCCCUUCAAGAUGCCCUCCUGGUUAUACCCUUCUCCAAGCUUCCCUCGCUCUUCACCUUCCUCAACAUCUGGGCUGAGCGCGAGUGGAACGUGCCUCUUACUUGUCGCGUGCUGUUCUUCAUGCUGAAGACCCAUCACCGCCAGAUCGUGACCAGCAAGAUGAUGCGCCCGAUGCUGGAUAGCAUCCGUGCCUCGCUGCGCCGUGUCCUGGCUCGCCAAAAGGACGAGAUGGGUUUCAACCUGUCCGCACUGCAGAUCAUUGGCAACCAGAUUCGUGAGCACAGCACCAAGGAUUAUAUCGAUGAGGAGGCUUUCGCGUCAGCAGAGGCGACCAAGGGAACUGGCAAGAAGCGUCAAUUCAGGAACAUCGCCUAG